GUUGUUCCCUCACUGGGGAAAUCAAUACGGCGGGGCCCCAGUCUGGCGGAGCGCGUGUCUGGCGCUGGGACGCGUGGCUGCACCGCCCGUCGCGUGUUUAUCGCUGCACCUGCACCACUUCCUGGCGAGGCGACUUGCUGCAACGAAUACGGCGCGACACGACAGGCCGGUCGCCGCGAGUUCUCUUUCGAGCUGACUCUCGUAGCUGUGGGCUGCGCCGUCGGCUGCAGCUCCGCUGUCGUCUUGUGCUGAAGCUGACGCUCCAAGCGCGCCGUGUAGUGUUCACUGCGCCAGUCUCUGCCUUCUGCCGCAGCCGCUGUUGGCCGUGGCUAUCUCACGCUGCUCUGCAAGUUGCAGCACCUCGUAGCCUGAAGACUCUUGAGAUGGCCGAGUAGCCGUUGCCGUAGACCAUGGACGUGAACGUGACGCGGUGGCUGUUGGCGCUGCUGGUGGCCGUGGCGGCGGGAGGCGCCGCGCGGGCGGACGGCGGCGCGCUGCGGCGCGUGGCGCGCUCUGCGCGGCGCGACAUCUCGACGUACCGCGCGUACCGCGACGUCACCGUGCUGCCGUACGCGGUGCCCGAGCGCGCGCGGCUCGCCGUCUUCUCGUUCACGGCCACGGAGGAGAUCCGCACGGGCCUGGGCUCGUGCUCGCCGCGCAACGUCACCGUCGACCUGCGGCCCGGCAGCUUCCCCGUCGUCAGCCCCGACGGCGCGCUCUUCCCCGACGACUUCGCGCCCGUGCUCAGCGGGCCGUGGUACGCCGGCACCGCGCUCAGCGACGGCCGCGCCUUCGCCGUCAACGUGACCUACCCGCUGGCCGGCGACUGGUACGUCAUCGCCUACGUCAGCUACACCGACCCCGACGACGACAAGAUCACGCAGCAGGGGCUGACCGCCUCGUGCACCACGUUCCUCGAGUCCACGCUGGACGUGCUGCAGGCGCCCGCCGACGACAUCGCCGUGCUGUCCAUAGGCCAGCCGCUGCCGCAGCAGGUGGAAGCCGCCGUGGGGCAGCCGCUGCUGAAGGAGUACUCGGUGUACGUGCCCGCCGCCACGUGGGAGGUCACCGUCAACGUCACGGUAGAGCGCUGCCAAUCGGGGUGUCCCUCGGUCACUAUUCUGGUCCGCGCCGGCGGGCUCCCCACUAGCGAGGAUACGGGCGAUAACAGUACCCUGACCAAGACCUGUGACAGUGAAGAUAUCGUCUCGGCCGAAGACUGCAUCUUGAGCUUCGCCCCGUGGGAGGAGAGUUGGCACUAUGUGGUGCUGGCACUGGACCUGCCCGAGAAAUCGUCCAAGAGGAACUUCAGCGCAGUGACCUUCUCCGUAGACGUGUCGACGGUGCAGACGGCGAUUUCCCCAUUCUUCCUAUCGCUGAACACCAGCGACGUUGCAGCGCCGGCCGGCAACGCCUCCGCCGCGCCGACUGCGCUGGCGGUCGGGGAGGCGGCGCGCUGCGACGAGUGCUGGCCGCAGGUGGCGCUGAUGAAGCAGUCGUACCCGCCGUUCUUCAUGCUGAACUACGUGCUGGUGCCGGGCGCGGACGGAAAGUCGCCGCCGGCGCUGAACGUGACCACCGCCGGGCCGACGGUGCUGGGCUUCGCGCUGCGGCCCGUGUCCGAGGUAGGCGGUACGCUGACGGCCCAGCUACAGCUGCAGCUGGACGCGCAGCUGCGCAACGCCACGGCGCGCGGCGCCGGCUUCAACGUGUCGGUGGUGGCGUGCGUCGCGCACGGCACUCGUGCCCAGCCGCUGGCCGGCGACCUCUGCGUCGCCCCAGGCUUCUCGUCGGGCAUCCAGGCGCCGCUCUCCGUCAAUUCGACGAGCACCAAGGCGGCCACCGCUAAGGUGCACAUACCGUUCCCCGCGCCCGGCGCCUGGUACCUGUCGCUGCAGCCGCUCUGCUGGGCGCAGUCCAACGGCUCCGUCAGCUACCUGCAGUGCACCGGACUCACCCAGGUCGCCGUCUCCUUCGUCAUCGACUCGGAGGCGUGCGGGCCGGACAUGUGCGGCGAGUACGGCCGCUGCAACAACUACCUGAGCGGCGGCGUCAUCUUCUCGUCGUGCGCGUGCGCGCACGGCUACCGCGGCUGGGGCUGCACCGACGCCUCGGCCAUGACGUCGACGAGCGAGCUGCUGGUGGCGGCGCUGCUGCUCACGCUGUCCAACCUGUUCUUCGCGCCGGCCGUCGUGGUGGCGUGCCGGCACCGCUACUGGACCGAGGCGCUCGUCUACACGGCCACCAUGUUCUUCUCGACCUUCUACCACGCGUGCGAGGCGGGCGAGGACGUGUACUCGUGGUGCAUGAUGCCGCUGGGCGUGCUGCAGUUCUGCGACUUCUACACGGCCAUCCUGGCCGUCUGGGUGACGCUGGUGGCCAUGGCGGACGUGCACCCCACCUUCCGCAGCCUGUGCCACGUGGCGGGCGCCAUCGGCAUCGCACUCGGCACCGAGUACGACCGCACCUCGCUCGCCGUCUUCAUGUUCCCCGUCCUCGUCGGCGUCGCUAUACUCGGCGCGUCGUGGGGCUCGCGGUGCCGGCGGCGGCGCCGCUGCUACCCCACGGCCUCGUACUGGCGGUGGCGCGCGCCGCCCGGCCUCGCGCUCGUGCUGGUGGGCGUCGUCUGCUACGCCUUCCUGCAGACGCGCCAGAACUACAAGUACGUGCACAGCGCGUGGCACGCCGUCAUGGCGCUCGCCGUCGUCUUCCUGCUGCCCCGCAAGCCGGGCCGGCAGUCGACCGCCCUCCGGGUCGACGACACGCCCGACGAGGAAGCCACGCCCACCGACCGCAGGCCCUUCUGGAAGAAGUCGGUCCGCGGCUGGCGCAAGCGCAGCAUGUGACUGCUGCGUCGCUCCGGGUGGCUGGAGCCGCCGGUGCAGUGCGUGGGCCUGCCGAUCGCUGCGGCAGCACGUAGGAAGGCUGUUCCACUCCUGCCUCCUUCCUGUGACAGCUCCGUAGGCAACUGAAGGCGCCGCUGUGUGAGCGUCUCGCUGCAGGAUAGUAACGGCGCAAUGAGAAGUAGAUGAAAAGUAACACACUUUUCGCAUAAAUUACUCGAGAAACACUGCCUCUCCGUACGUCUACAUACAGGGAUAGACGAAAAUGUUAAAUUAUUUCAACUGCCUUCGUUAUUUUUCUAUUGUGUACAUGUGUGCGUGUGUGUAUGUGUCACAUUCCAGCCACUUGCUGCAGUGAUAAAAUGGAACUAUCAGCUCCUCCUCUUUUGUAUGUACGAUAUUCUGAAUACAUCCUCAACUCCGUUCCUGUAAAGAAUUUCCCACUUUUGGUUUGCAGGCUCAUUGUGAUGGGUUUAUAAACCGGAAUCACGUCCAGGUCACCUUCUGUUUAUGUUAAAAUUUUACUAAGUCUUUAAUUUCUGUUCAUCGAAAAAUUUAACUAACAAUAUGUAUUACAGGCCAAAAGAUUAACGGUGUAAAAAGAAUUUAAAGCUUCCCUCAGUAUUCCAUUUUACUUAAUUUUUACAGAGAAAAGCAUUUAAUUUGACUUUUAUAUUCUGGAAAAUAUAAAAUGAAGAUCUGGCUCAAUUCAUCAGAUCUUCUGGGAAAUGAUAGGCUUGGUAUCUACCAAUAACUCUGCAUACAAACAUCCAUAUGCUAAAUGUAACAAAUGUCAAAUCAUAUACAAAUACCAGUAUACAACACAAAAUGGUGUUAUGUCAGUUACAAAAUUCAAAACUUCUUCUCAUUGUUACUAUUGCUUCAGAUUUCAAAUGAAAUGUCCAAGACAGUUUUGAUUUUGGCUGUACUUGACAGUCUGAAAAGCCUUAUAAAUUGCCUGCUUUAAAAUAUGACAGUGAGCAAUACAUUCUGACUCAAACCAGAAUGCUAGUGGCACGUGUCUGUUGUUCUUCGUUAUCAGUUUUCAGCCAUGUUGGUAUCCAUACUGAGCAAAGAAUAUAAAAUAUGGUUUAGUAACACAUUGUAUGAGAUAAAACAUCUAUGGAGGUAUUCUUCUUGAAUCAGGAAAUAAAUUAUAUCCUAUUGUUGCCAGUUUAUAUAUUGAGAGGAUAAGCAGUGGAAGUAUAAAUGAAAGAGUAACUUAUUUUACAAAGAUUUGAAGCUGCUCUUGAUGUUCUUUUAAAACAACCCAAUUUCGAAACAGUAAUUGUUUGUUAGUUAAAUAAACUGUAUCCUUCUACAAAAAGCAAGUAAAUUACUGUACUUGUAAUGCUGCCAGUUCAUUGAAACACGACCAAGCAAAGUGUGUGCCAGGAGAACAACAGUGUGUUUGGAAUUGCUUGGUAUGCAGUAUUUUCAAAAUUUCAUCAUUUUGUACACUUUUGUAUGCUUUUACUGGAGAGCGCAUGAAACACAGAGUGUGAAAUAUUGUAUUGUAUCCCUGUGCUUCAAGUUCCCUUUUCCUAUAUAGGUAGCUACGACCAUCAAUACCACUGCAUCUCUCUCUCUCUCUCUCUCUCUCUCUCUCUCUCUCUCUCUCUCUGUGCACGUGUGUGCGUGCGCUUUGCUCUUGUGCAUGAACUGACGUGCAAGACACACACACACACACACACACACACACACACACACACACACACACACAUUGAGAAACAAAUUAUAAUAAUUUGCAUAGAAAAGAAACCAUCAUAAGACAUACACAAAGUUUCCCAGUUUGGAAAUGGACUCGUCCACUGUAACCUCUUGCGCCUCCCUUAUUAUUCCCAUCUCCUUCCCACUGUCUCUCUAAUUUCUUAUUGUUGGUCUUCAGAUUUAUGUGUUUACCCCUAGCACUUACAUAUCUGCUGCUUGCAUUUCUUCUUCAGUUUCAAAGAGGAUAUGUUUCUGUAAUCUUUUUAUAUUUUGGGUCUGUUGCUUACACAAACACUCGCAUGUAUACAUUCAAAGUAGUAUGAAGAGGUAAUGGCCCUGCUAUUUGCUCUUAAGAGUUACUCUUGCAUAGUAUCAAAGCACCAAUGUGUAAUCAUCAUUUUCAACCAUUUCACAGCUACUGCCACAAGAAGGCAGUUUUUCCUUCAUUGUGAUUUGCUGAUAUGUACAUCUCCGUUGUCCAUAUAUGUUAUUGAACAUCAUGUACUGACCUUCCAUUAAAUCAUCGCUCAAUCUUUUGGUACCUCAAGGAAUUGGCCAAAUGUGUUCCUUGGUCCAUCUGCCAUCUAUCCCCCAGUGUACAUGUUUCGCUCCAUAUACACCUUACCAUUGCUCACUAACAGCUGUGAGAUUUUGAAUGGUUUUUCUAUUAAAACAGUAACACUUUAUUAAUUUAUUUGUUGCUGUUUUUUGUCAUCUUAGUUUGUUUGUAGUACAGCUGGCUGACACAUACAGUGUUUUUCAUUCCUUAACAUUUUCUGUGUUUUGUACCUCAAACUAUGUUGUUAACCUUACUUACUCCAAAGUAUCUAUAAUCCUGUACUCAUUUCCAGCUCAUCUUACAAAUAAGGAAUGCAUAUUCAUAUUUUCUUGAAAAGGUCUCUCUGUACAUCUGCUACUAAUUUCUUGUCAUUGCAUUGAGUGUAAAUGAAGCAGCAAAAGGACACUUCUUUCCUUUAUGUAAAUUCCCUCCUCAUUCACUUGAUUCUUUGCAAAUUUCAUUCUCAGAGUGUUUCGUAAUUGUACUUGAAUCUUGAAUAUGGUAGUCACUACCCAGAUAACUGUAGUAGACACUCUCACUUUAUAAAAAUAUGUGUGUUCUAAUUUAAAUUUCUUUCCACAUUAAUUCUAUCUGAUUUUAAUCAACUGCAUUAAUGUCUGGGAAUUUAAGGGCUUUAUGCUGACUUCAAGGGUCCCAUUUCUGUACUGUCAAAAUGACCACACUGAAGAUUAUAGCUACACAAAGAACUGCACAGGACCUUUGACUUUGAGAAACAGAAUGAUGUAAAGAGAAAGUAAAUGAAAGAAAGCAGCUCAUGAAGAAGAGGAACGCAAAGGUGGACAUAAUAGUAUUGUAUUGACAUUCUAGUCACAAAAAUACUAAACAGUAAGGACAGCAAAGAUCAAUAGGUAGGAAGCAAACAUGGACAGUAACAAUUCCAUGAAAAUUAUUAAAAAAAAUUAAAAGAAGAGGGAGGAACAGGAGUAAUUUAUGAAAUGAAGUAUGUGUGAUGCAAAGGAACAAAUUUGUGGCAAAGAAUAUUGUUAAAUUAUUUUACCUAAGAAAAUGUAGUAUUUUUGAACAGAUCUAUAUCAUACUGAGGUUCAUAAAUCUAAUUUUUUAAUUGAUUUGUUAUUUUAAUAUAUAUAUCAAAAAGAAAAUUAUGAAUGAACCAUUGUAAAGCCACAGAUGCACAAUUCUUAGUAACUUUGAGUAUGAUUUACAAUAACUAAGUAAUUUGCAAAUGACAGAUUGACUUUUAUGGUUUGGUAUUUUUGUACUUAUACUGCAUAAGUCUCCUUGAAGUUGCUGACUCAGGGAUGUAUAUUCAGUGAACUUACUCAUAAUCUUUGGGAAUGCAAGAGGCAUUGGUGCCACAGCUGUAGGAAAGACAGAUCACUAUGGGGUUUUCAGCUGUUCCAGGUUUCAAUAACUAGAAACUUCCACUCAUACACAGUAAGAAAGAAAGAAGAAGGAAAAAAAACUAUAAAAUGAAUGAAGAGAAGAGUACUGGUAUGUAACAAUCAAAUGACAAAGGAAAUAGAUUCACUGACAAUGAACAAAGGAUAUAUGUGACAAGUAAAGUAAAUUACAAUCAAACAGAAAAAAUGGGAGGAGGCAAAGAAGGGUAAAAUACAAAAAGUAGACAUCACAACAUUUUGAAGAAGAAAAUAAGAGUUUCUUGAUUGGUAGUGUUUUAAUAGGACCUCCUGAAUCCAACUACAUUAGUUACUUAAUCUACAUAUAUGUUUUACAACUAUCUUAUCAUAUACUGGAAUGAGUAGCGGCAAUCACUUCAUUGUGCUAGAUGCCUUAAGCACUACAUAGAAAUGUAAACAGAAUUUGAAUAUAGCAUAUCAACACAUGAAUUUAUUUGAUUUGAUAUUCAUUUGAAAGUUUUUGCAUACUUACCUCAAACUGGGUGUCUUCUGAAUUGAAGUGUAAUUUAUGCCCAAAGCUGAUGAAAAGCAUGGAAAUUACUACGAGAAUGUCUUAUCUUAAAACGAAGAGGAAAUUGUUAUGUUCAGAUGACGCUGAAUGGUAAACAAGCAAACGGAAUUACAUAGAUCACUCAAACUCAAACAGAGAAUUUGCAGUUACUUAUUGUUGUAACUCAAUAGUUAUUGCAUAAUCAUCAUGAAUUAGUGAAGUAAUUUUUAUGCAUCCGGUGUAUAAUAGUAAAAACAAAAUAAACUGAGUCACACUUUAACAACUGAAAACUGUUCUGAUUAUGGUGAUAAUUUUCUGCACAUCAUAUAUCUUUUGCUGCAGUAUCACAUGCAACAAUUCAAAUACAGCUAACUUUAUAGUGUAUAAUAGUGCAGCAACCUGAACACAUCAUAGUUUCACAUCAUCUUUAUAUUUUCAAAAUUUUCCAGGAUGUUGUGUAAACUUCCAUAUCAAAUUAAUUCUGACUGUACCAUUGAACAUUUAAACAAUGAAAACAGAGCAUCUUUCAUCUUUACGGAAUGUGGGAAUGAAGUAUGCUUAUAUAAUGAACCAGUAUUAUACUUGUAACAUAAUCUGAAAUGUAACAGAAGUAUGCACAAAAAUUGAAACAAAAAAGUGGUAGCAUUACCUGCCACUCUAAAAAUGGAAAAAAAUCUGAAACAUUGAGUAUUCUGUCUGAUAUACCAUGCAUCUUGUGUGCAGAAUUUCUUCCUUGCAGAAACUGGUCAUGUAUAUUAUGUUAUCAAAUAACUGAUACAAUUUUUAAUACCCUUCCUCCUAGGAAUAGUUGUUCAAUUGUUUUAGAGAUCGUGCACUUUAACUUCCAUUCCGUAUGAAUAUAUAGUUGUCCAGCUGAAAAUAUUCAGUGUAGAAAGGUUUGGAAAAUGAAAAAUGCUAUCUGAUAAUAUGAGUAACAUAACAUUUCUGAUUAAUUAGAGGAUUGCAUUAUUCCAGCUUAUAAAUGUUAAAUAUGAGAUGUUAUAUGCAGAAAAUGUAUGUACUAUGCAGUUCAUAUGUAUUAGUAGCAUACAAGAAGAUGCUACCAUUACAAUGUUUUGCACUAUGUUAAUUUUACAGCCAACAAUGCGAGGAACAAUUGGAUGCAGUGUCCUUUGUUGAUCUAGCUUGAACAAAUCUUCUCAUAUAAGCAUAGCUUCUGCACCAUAAAUCCAUUUGAAACUGGUUGGCAUAUUCAAGCCUUUGUUUCAAUACAACAUUUACGAACCCCACACUUCCCUCCACUCCCAAAUUAACUAUUUCUUGAUACUCAAGAUGUGCCAUAUUAAUCUCUCUCUUCUUUCAGUCCAUUGUACCACAAAGCUUUCUCCCUAGAUUGAUACAGUAUGUCUUCGUCAGUGGCAGUCUGUCCAUCUAAUCCUCAGCAUUCUAAUGUAGUGCCAUAUUUCAAAAGCAUGUGUUAUUUACUCAUAUCUACAGGUUGUCAUUCAUAUUUCACUUCCAUAUAAUACUGAACUCCAAACAAAUACUUUACGAAAAUACUUUGAACACUUAAAUAUAUUUUGGACAUCAAUGUAUUUAUCAUUUCUUUUGUCUACAAGAUAUAUAGUCAUUGGUUCUCCCAUUAUCAUUUAGUUCGCUCAGAUGGCAAAAUUCUUCAACUAGUUUCACCAUGGCAUUCCUAAUCCAGUUCAAUCAGUAUCACUUGAUUUAACAUCUGUUUGACUUUUAUUUUCAUCUUUUAACCUCUUCCCAAGACUCUACCCAUUCCAUUAUCUGAUCUUCCAUGUCCUUUGCCUGUGACAGAAUCACAAUGUGAUCAGCAAACCUGAAAUUUCUUACUGCUUCCCCCUGAACUUGGAGCCCCUUUCCAAAAUUGCCCAUAGUUCACUUUACUGCUUGCUCAGUGUACAGGUAAAGUAACAUUGGGAGAGGAUGUGCUACAGUACUGCCUCACUUUUGUCUCAAGUAUUGCCUCUGUUUCAUGUUCAACUCAUUAUCAGCAGUCUGGCUUCUGUAUGGUUUCUAUCUGAUAAUUAUGUAUACCAACUUUUUUAUUCAUUAUUGAUUCGUGUGACACUGUUUAUUGCCACUGUUAUAUCUUUUAUGCAGAAAUUUGUUAGAUACACAAGAAAUGCUGUACAGUUCUAGACAAGCAGUUUAAACCAUGUUAUAAAUACCAGUCUUUUUUUCUGUUUAGUCACAUGGAAGUUAAUCUUACAUAUUCCCCUAAACAGUUUGAGCACUCAUAACAUAUGAAUGUCUUUUAUUGGACAGUAGAAGAAAGUGUUCUCUGAUAAGUGUGGAAAUUUUCAGAUCUGUCAAACUUGGUGUUAUUAGUUCUUGUACCAUUACUGGUUUAAUCAAAACUUCAUGGAAGUAUUUCUUUUGGGAUUCCAUAAAAAUAGCUACAAAUGCUGUGUUCAUACUUAAUAUAGCUGUACUCCAGCUCUGUAAGGUGCCUUGUAAGUCACAGAAGGAACAAUCAUUGGUAUUGCUUGUCAGGUGUUAAGCAUAUGGAAUGUAUCUGUGAUAACUAUUCCAAUUCUACUGUGGAUGAACUUCAAAUAUUUGUAUACAUGAAAGUGAUUGUCAUUUGUUUCCUUACCCUGCAUGCAAUACUGAACUACUUGCAAGUUCAAUUAAUGCUUAUUUUUUUGAAACCAGGUACUCUGAAUUAAGUUGUUUGUUUACGUUUGAGAUUAUUAUACACAGCGGUGUUACUUGAAGUUUUUGUGUGAUAAUACAACAGAUUGCCUUUUUAAAAAAUUAUUUUUUUGACAUGUAAUGGGUUACUGACAGUAUAAUUAAACUAACUUAUGCUUGUAAUAUUUGUUUAUAUUGUGAUAUAGAUAUAACUUACAUUUUAUAUGUUGUUAGAAAAUACAGACUGGCACUGUUAAAUUAUCACAUUGCAGUCGUGAGGUAUCUGCAUUGAAACAACAAUAAGCUUUAUUUUUUCUGUUGGGAAUUUAUGUUCAGUUCAUUACAGAUUUUCCUAAAUUUCCAAAUAUGUUGUAAAGUGUUAGUUCUGUUUGCGUAUGUGAGAGAAUGUUGUGUUAUGAAUCAGCAGUAAGUGCUGUGUUACUAUUUUUCUAUCUCCUGUGUAAAAACUUAUUGUUGUUCAUAGUAUUUAUGGUGCUGGAACACAUUAAUUCAGCUAUCUAAGGGAUAGAAAAUGUCCAAGAGUUUAUUUACAAGAAAUUUUCACCGUGUUCUCUAUUGUAUGUUGAAUGUCAGUGCUCAUUUUACAGUUUCAGCAAGACAUUUUGAAGACUGUUAUCUUGGCUUUAAUGUUAAAUGUUUCAACAUUCACAACUGUUUUACAGUUCAUAAGUUUUAUUAGAAGUAUAUAUUCAUCAGAGAAAUUAUCUAAAUAAAGUGUUUUGUGACAACAGAA